AUGGUGUCUGAUUCGGCCUCGAAACGUUUGAAAAACGUCAAGAAUAAGCAGAGGCGUCAGAAGCUGUUCGCCACGAUCCGUCAUGAACAGAAUAAAGCCCGGCAUACGACUCGGAAAGAGCGUGCUAAAGAGGAGCUCAAGGAUCCCACAUUGAAGGAGGAGAGACUGGCGGAAAAUGUCACACAAACUAUAGAGUCGAAACGAGUGUUUGAUGAGACUGUGAAUGCUCCUGUUGAGGGAGACGACCAGUUUCAGAGCUACUUUGACGGCCGUCCUCCAAAGGUCCUUAUCACUACUAAUAAGAAUGCUCAUAAGGAGGCAUACGAGUUCAGCGAGCUGUUGCUGGAGAUUCUUCCUGGAUACUCGAAUUUCGUGAAAAGAAAACCUCAGUUCGAAAUGAAGGAUAUUGCCAAGUUCUGUGCCAAUAGAAAUUAUACUGAUGUGAUUGUCAUUAACGAGGAUAAAAAGGCCGUCAAUGGACUUACUUUUAUGCAUUUACCCGAGGGUCCUACAUUCUACUUUUCCGUCAGCUCUUUGGUUAAGACCGAGAGAAUUUCCGGUCAUGGACGUGCUACUGCCCAUAUUCCCGAGUUAAUCCUUAAUAAUUUCAGCACCCGUUUGGGUCAGACUGUUGGACGGUUGUUCCAGUCUUUGUUCCCUCACCGUCCUGAAUUUGAAGGUCGACAGGUUGUCACAUUGCAUAACCAGCGAGAUUUCAUCUUCUUUAGACGCCAUAGAUAUUUGUUCAAAAACGAGGAGCGUGUGGGUCUGCAAGAACUGGGUCCUCAGUUUACCUUGCGCCUGAGAAGGGUUCAAAAGGGUAUUCGUGACGAGAUCGAAUGGCAGCACAGACCGGAAAUGGACAAGGAAAAGAAAAAGUUCUAUCUAUAA